GCGCCUCCGCUGAGGGGCUCGCGCAGGCCGGCCCCGGCGCUUGGGCCCUUCCCCUGGUGCCCGCCGGGCCGCAGGAGCCGGGGCUGCCUGGGAGGUGGGGUGGCGGGUCCUCCAGCGGGGAGCGCUCUGCCUGCACCCGGUAACCCGGCCAGGCAGGGCUGGGGCCUGUGAAGUGGGAGCGCGGGAGGUCACCGCGCAGCCUUGGGUAGAGAGCAAGAAAUCCCUGUCGAGUGUGGACAAAGCCAGCCCUGCCUUGGGCUGACCAGGAGAGAGUACCCAGGGCGACAUCUCCCCUUAGCCCUGUCACAUCAGACUGAGGCGCCAAACUCGUGUCUGAAUUGAGUGUUUUUUUCCUUUUUCUGUACUAAUGGAAGAAAACAACCAAUUGGGAAUUAGUGCUGAGGAAUGCUGUGAGUGGGGACUCUGCAGUGUUUGCACUAAAGACACAUCAAGUCAUCUUUGUCCCAUGCUGUCUCUCUUUCUGUUGGUGUAAAGCUCUGUUAAAGUGUGUGGGGUUUUGCUUUUACAGGGUGGAAAAAUACAGACCCAUGAAACUAUGUGAAAUAGUUGGCAAUGAAGAUACAGUGAGCAGGUUGGAGGUCUUUGCAAAAGAGGGGAACGUACCAAAUAUUAUAAUUGCUGGUCCCCCAGGAACAGGUAAAACCACCAGUAUCCUCUGCUUGGCUCGUGCUCUGCUUGGACCUGCAUUAAAGGAUGCUGUUUUGGAGCUGAAUGCCUCAAAUGACAGAGGCAUUGAUGUUGUGAGAAACAAAAUCAAAAUGUUUGCCCAGCAAAAGGUCACGCUUCCAAAAGGUCGGCAUAAAAUAAUCAUUCUUGAUGAAGCAGACAGCAUGACAGAUGGAGCACAGCAAGCAUUGAGAAGAACAAUGGAAAUUUAUUCCAAAACAACGCGCUUCGCACUUGCAUGCAAUGCCUCGGACAAAAUCAUAGAACCUAUUCAAUCCCGGUGUGCAGUGCUGCGUUACACCAAGCUGACGGAUUCGCAAAUCCUUGCAAGGCUACUGCAAAUUGUUGAGAAAGAGGAUGUACCGUAUACAGAUGAUGGACUAGAAGCUAUUAUCUUCACAGCCCAAGGAGAUAUGAGACAGGCAUUAAACAACUUACAGUCCACAUAUUCUGGAUUUGGUUUUAUAAACAGUGAAAACGUUUUUAAGGUAUGUGAUGAGCCUCAUCCUCUUCUUGUGAAAGAAAUGAUACAACACUGCAUAAAUGCAAAUAUUGAUGAAGCAUACAAGAUUCUUGCACACCUGUGGCGACUUGGGUACUCUCCAGAAGAUGUGAUUGGCAACAUCUUUCGUGUGUGUAAAACCUUUCAAAUGCCAGAAUAUCUGAAAUUGGAAUUUAUCAAGGAAAUCGGGUACACUCACAUGAAGAUAGCAGAAGGAGUGAACUCACUUUUACAGAUGGCUGGCCUGCUGGCCAGGCUGUGUCAGAAGACGGCAGCCCCUGCAGCCAGUUAGUGUUUGACGGGGUGAACCCAUGUUCCGGAAGGGGAAGGCCUGGUGUGCAAGGGCAGCAGCUCCCCGGGGGUCCUCAGCGCUGCAGGCAGAGAGCCUGCUCCCUUACUUUUGCUAAAUCACAGCAAAAUAACCAGGUUCUACUGUAAAAAUGUUUUGUACUUUUUUAUUUAGACCAAUAAAGCUUUAAAAUUU